CCUUGGGGAGGGUGCAUUUUAAAGGCACAGCGUGGUGGCGCGCAGGGCGACAUGGGACUGAAGCCAGCCAGGGGCGUAGGCGUGGGGGUAGGGAUCCCGGUGGCAAAGGCCCUUCCCCAUCGCCCUCCCACUCUCCAGUCUGCCAGACUACCCCUGGGGGACCAGAAUAGAAGCAGCCCGGGCCAGCUGGAGAGCUCCGUCUAGCUGCAGGUUGUGAUCACCUUGGACGGGAGCACGGAGGGUGUCUGGAGCCAGCAGCCAUGGCCGUGCAGAACAUCAACGAGCUGCCGGAGAACAUCCUCCUGGAGCUGUUCACGCACCUGCCGGCCCGCCAACUGCUGCUGCGCUGCCGCCUGGUCUGCAGCCUCUGGCGGGACCUCAUCGACCUUGUGACCCUCUGGAAGCGCAAGUGUCUGCGCGACGGCUUCAUCACUGAGCACUGGGACCAGCCGGUGGCCGACUGGAAGAUCUUCUACUUCCUGCGCAGCCUCCACCGGAACCUCCUGCACAACCCGUGCGCUGAAGAGGGGUUUGAGUUUUGGAGCCUGGACGUGAAUGGUGGCGACGAGUGGAAGGUGGAGGAUCUCUCUCGAGACCAGAGGAAGGAAUUUCCCAAUGGUCAGGUCAAGAAAUACUUCGUGACGUCUUAUUACACCUGCCUCAAGUCCCAAGUGGUGGACCUCAAGGCUGAAGGGUACUGGGAGGAGCUGAUGGACACCACACGGCCGGACAUUGAAGUCAAGGACUGGUCUCCCACACAUUCUCCAACUACCCGCCCGGUGUCCGCUAUAUCUGGUUUCAGCACGGCGGUGUGGACACUCGUUACUGGGCCGGCUGGUACGGUCCGAGGGUCACCAACAGCAGCAUCACCAUCAGGCCCCCGCUGCCCUGACACCCCCAAGCCCCCACCGGCCAAACCCAUAUUGGCCCGCGCAUGCACCCGCCCCAGCACAGCCAUGGCCUCCAUCAACAUCAACCAGCUGCCCGAGAACACCCUGCUGGAGCUGUUCACCCACGUGCCUGCCCGCGAGCUGCUGUGGAACUGCCGGCCGGUGUGUAGCCUCUGGCGGGACCUCAUCGAUGCCGUGAGCCUCUGGAAGCGUAAGAGCCUGCGCGAUGGCUUCAUCACUGAGCACUGGGACCAGCCUGUGGCCGACUGGAAGAUCUUCUACUUCCUGUGCAGCCUCCGCAGGAACCUCCUACGGAACCCCUGCGCGGAAGAGGACAUGGGAGCCUGGCGAAUCGACUCCAAUGGGGGUGACCGCUGGAAGGUGGAGAGCCUCCCAGGAGAACAUGGAACGAAUUUUCCUGACCCCAAAGUCAAGAAGUACUUUGUCACAUCCUACGGCAUGUGCCUCAAGUCCCAACUGGUGGACCUCAAGGCCGAGGGCUACUGGGAGGAGCUGCUGGACACAUUCAGGCCCGACAUUGUGGUCAAGGACUGGUUCGCCGCCAGAGCCGACUGUGGCUGCGCCUAUCACCUCCGUGUGCAGCUGGCCUCUGCCGACUACAUUGUCCUGGCCUCUUUUGAACCGCCACCCGUGAUCAUCCACCAGUGGAACGAUGCCAAGUGGACGGAGGUCUCCUACACCUUCUCAGACUACCCUCCAGGCGUCCGCCACAUCCUCUUCCAGCACGGGGGAAAGGACACCCAGUUCUGGGCUGGCUGGUACGGGCCCCGUGUCACCAACAGCAGUGUCGUCAUCAGUCACACAAUGACUCGGAACCCGGGGUCCCCAACAGCCCAGCCAGAAGACGAGGCCAGGGUGGCCGAAGGCUUCCCCCUCUUCCUCUCCUUCUACAAUCUGACCGGCCACCCAACACUGCGGCUUCUGUCCAGGCCAGUCGAGGGCCGGAGGUCCCCUCCUAGUAACAGCUGAGCCUCUAGUAAGCAGUUGCCCGGUUCCCACCUUGGGCAAGCCACCCAGUUGUGGUCACUUAAUUCGUCACAAUAAAUGUUUACAGUAACACCCA